AUGGUGGAGCCGCCGCAAGAGAUCGGAUCCUCGAUUCGGUCGCUGGGUUGCCGUAGCCCUCUGGGGUUCCUCCGAGCAGGCGCGAGCGCCGUUGGGGCAACUCGGCGGAUGCCUCACGCUUCGCUGCUUGCCUCGAAGCUCGGCGCGACUUCGCAAAAGGCUUCCCCGUGUCAGCCUGAAUCUUCCGUCACAUUCUAUGGGGGAGGCUCCACGCGUUCUGACGGGGAUUCGGUCCACGAGUCGAGUCCGCCACCCUUACUCGUGAACGCGGAUGGACCAGGCAAGACCACCGAGGGAGAACGGGGUGGGCGUCCGUCGCUCUCUGCGGCGACUUCCGACGCGGAAGAGACCGGCUUGUCCUGCGACAUGACGCCAGUGCUGGUGACGCUGUCGCCGUCGUGCGACUCCCCCCGACUGUACAGACACUUGGUUUUCGUGUACGGGACGCUGAAACGCGGGAUGCCGAAUCACCACAUUUUCACAAGAAUCGCAAGUGAGGUGGAAGAGGAGACGAACAAGUCCGUUUUUGCGGCCAGUGACGCGACUCCUGUAGCGGCGACGUCGGAUCCCCGCGACACUGGCGUUGCCUGCUUACCUGACACAGACGCAGAAUCCAGUGAAGAUGGUCCGCGCCAAGCAGUGUAUCUCUUCGACGCAGUCACGACGGAGGCUUACCCUUUGUUUGUGGACGCCAACCAGCGGUACCGUCCGUGCCUCUUUGACGCGCGCGGAGUCGGCGAGAAAGUGCGCGGCGAGGUGUAUGCGGUGACGGAUGACAUUCUCCGAGCCCUCGACACGUUCGAGCGAGUACCAGACCACUACAAUCGACGGCACAUUCGCGUCGAGGUCGUGCAAGACUCAGCUCCGCUGGGUUCGCCAAGCGAAGUGGUCGUGCACGUGUACUUCAACAUGCACAUGGAGGUGCUGGCGCGGGUCUUGGGGACGGGCGAAAAAGGCAAGAGAGACGCCGAAGGUCCACGCGCGAACUCGGCGCACUCAGAUCGAGGGACGCGGGAUGCGCAGCAGGUGACCUACCUCCACAACUACGAUUCGUCGCAUGCUCAGCUGUAUGUGCCACGGUUCAGACCGCCAGAGAAUGGCGUGAAUAGGAGGCUUCCGUGCGCGAAGGGUGUCUUCCGCGCCGGAAGCGUCGCCGGUCCGCUCGGCGACUGUUUUUCUUCCGGCAAAGACGCCGACAUUCGGCGUUCGACAACCCUGCCGGCGUUGCACACAUCAGAAUAG